CUUAGUGUCAAUGAGAAAGAGACCAUGCAGCAUCUGAAUAAUCGCCUGGAAACCUAUUUGAAAAAAGUUCGCUCUCUAGAGCAGCAAAAUGGCCACCUGGAGGGGAAUAUCCGUGACUGGUAUGAGAGGAAUCAACCCAGCACUUUACCUGACUUCAGCAGCUACUUCAGGGCUAUCCAAGACCUACAAAGACAGAUUUCUUCAAUAAGUGUAGAAAAUGCCCGCAUUGGACUACAAAUAGACAAUGCUCAGCUAGCAGCAGAUGAUUUCAGAAACAAGUUUGAAAUGGAACGCCAGUUAGGUAACUCUGUUGAGGCUGAUGUGAAUGGCUUAAAAAUACUGCUAGAAGACUUGAACCGAGAUAUAUGCAGCCUGGAGAGUCAGGUUCAAAACCUCCAAGAAGAAGUUCAGGAGAUGAAAAAAAACCAUGAUGAGGAAGUGAAUGGUUUACAAGCUCAGCUGGGUGCCAGAAUCAAUGUUGAAGUUGAUGCAGCUCCAUCUGUAGAUCUGAACAGAACCUUGUCUGAGAUACGGCAGCAAUAUGAGAAUUUAAUGGAAAGGAAUCUAAGAGAAGUAGAGGCAAUGUUCCGGCAAAGGACAGAAGAUCUGAAUCGAGAGGUUACAUCUGACUCUGAGCAGCUGCAGUCUGUCCAGACUGAAGUCACUGACCGUAAACGCAAAAUUCAAACCUUGGAAAUUGAACUACAAAGCCAGAUGAACAUGAAAUCUGCUCUGGAGGGCACAUUAGCAGAGACAGAAGCUACAUUCAGAUCUCAGCUUGCUGAGCUACAAAGUCUCAUUAACAAUAUAGAAUGCCAGCUGACUCAGAUCCGAUCUGAUCUAGAACAUCAAAACAAUGAGUACAAAAUCCUCAUGGACCAAAAGACCCACCUAGAGAUGGAAAUCGCCACCUACAAACGUCUGCUGGAAGGUCAUGAUAUCAAUGUAUCAGAUCAACAUGUGUUGGUGGCCAAACAUGGAUCUCACCACUCAAAGAAGACUCACAAAGUUAUAAGCUGUGUGUCUAGCAAAUGCUUGGUGCCUAUGGAAAAUGAAAACCUGUACAGGUUCAUACAGUCCAAAGAGAAGAAGGAUGAGGACAAGGGUGUACAUGCCAUAGUGGCAGACUAUGUGACUGCUAUGAGGUCAUUGGAAAGAGUUGGUCCAGCCCUAGUUGAUCCAUCCCCUUUGCUAUAG